GUCGGUUCUUUGUACGCAGAUUAUCACCCAUUCUCCAGGCAGGGGGCGGGAGAGAGAUACUGUAGAGCGGACCUACACCACACUCUUGGAAAUCUGCUCUUCCCCUCACCACCGCCACCGCUGCGUAAUCAGGCCGGUCCAGGGCUGAGGCGCACCAGGGCACACAGCGCCCUGCGCAGUGAUAAGACUCCUUGGAAGAAGAGCACCGCAAACUACCGUCCUGACCUGCGACGCUUUUUUUCUCUUUUCAACUUUUGUGCUGGACUUCACGGUUAAAUGGAAAAAGACUCUUGGGAAUUAGAAGGAUUUUACAAAAAUAUUUUUACGUAAAGAGGACAUUGUUGGAAUGAACCUUCAGAUGUUUUUAUCAAAGUCUGGCUCCUUAUUGGAUAGUUUCUUCCUUUUUGCACGGAAAUGUUAAGUGUUUUGUUUAUUAAAAUUGCGCUUUUAACAAGUUAAAUAUACACUGACGUUUAUAGCUGGUUGCAGAUUAGUGGAUUUUUUUUUUUAUUAUUUAUUUAUUUUUUUUCGGAGGGGUUGAAAAGUUGGGUGCCGCUGACCAGACUGCUGAGCACGAGCGCUUUUUCCUCCGCUCGAGAGACAGCACAGCGGACGCGCGCGCACUCCGGCAGGGCGAGCCGCUGUCCCCCCGCGCGCAGUGCUGAGGAGAGACGGACUCUCGCGCUUCCAUAAAUGCCCGGUCCGUUGAGAAGGCUCGAGGCUGGGCAGCAAGAUGAGCUCGUGGGGACCGCUGCUGCUCGUGGUGCUGGCGGUGUGUCUGCGGUUUGGCGUAGCCGAGGGGGACCCUCUGCCUGCAGCCUUGGUGGAGCUGGUUAGAAACAGUCCCAUCUCCUCCAUCGAGGACCUUCAGCUGUUGCUGCUCACUGACUCCGUAGAUGAGGAGGAUGAUGCUUCACCAGCUAAUGGAGGUCACAGAUUACCAAGGAGCCUCGAUGCCCAACCAGCUCAGCAAGCCCUAUGUAAAGUUCGGACUGAGGUGGUCGAGGUCACGAGGGCCAUGUUGGACCGUAGCAAUGCCAACUUCCUGUUAUGGCCGCCCUGUGUUGAGGUCCAACGCUGCUCUGGCUGCUGUAACACCAAGAGCCUGCAGUGUGUCCCAGUCGUAACACACACCAGAUACUUGCAAGUUAUGAAGAUCGAGUAUGUCAACAAAAGACCCACAUACGCCAAAGCGGUGGUGUCCGUCAUCGAUCAUGUAGAGUGUCGAUGUCAGACUGCACCGCGUCUCCCUGUGUCGAGGAAGAAAUCAUCCCGCAGACAGCACAGUCACAGUAAAGACCAGCAUCGAAACCAGACACUCAGCCAAGGCCAAGGACAGGUCAAGCUUCACUCCAAAGAUGAACUCCAUCAGUGGGACGAGCUGAAGCAGAACCAGAGGUCCCACUUGGAGGAUCUGCUGGAGCAGCACUGGAGCUCCAGAGGAGACACCUUCACUCAGCUUGGAGACGGGUACAGUCUCACUGGGGAGGAUGUGUCUCAAACUGAUGACGCUCUCCUCUAUGCUCCACACUGGGCGCAAAACUCCACCAGGCCUCUAGGGACUAAAGACCAAACGGAGACUCAGGGGAGUGUGGAGAGGAGGAAUGGGAGGAUCUCAGAUAACAACAAGACUGUAAACUCAGCAGAUAAUGUUACUGCUGAGGUAAAGAACAGACUGGUUGAAGGAGGCGAUGGACUGUUGCUUAACAGUACUGAAGGAAAAGUUCGAGUGGAUGAGAGACAGCUGGAUAUUCCAAGCUCCAAUACAGAAAAUGGAGCCCAGACACACAGCCCAUUAUGGCAAGAAGACAAAUCCAAAAUGUCAAAGAGCCACACCAGUGGUUUCUCUCAGCUUGUUACUCCAAAUCCUCAAGCUGAGAGUGGUCCGACUGAGGCGGCUGGUGAAAGAUCCAGGAGGAGAUUCCGACCGACCAAAGAGCCAAAUCCAGAGCCUCGAGAGCUGGCCAGACAGAGAGACAAUGAGACUCCAGAGAAGGAGAGGAUAUUACAGAUGGAGGAGGCAAAACUGGAGGAGGAGAGGAAAGAGCUGUUACUUCUCCAUAAAAGGCUGGACCAAGAGAAGGAGUUCCUGAGACAGCAGCAAAUGAAACGAGAAGAGGAGGAAAGGCACAGACAAAAGGAAGCAAAUAAUCACCAGCACAAUAAACAUCACCAUCAUCUGCAAAUGACAACUCAGAAACCAGAUACAAUAUCUACGUCUACCACACAACAGCCAUCAGCUCCAGCAGGUCCCAGACCACCUGCUCAUUCAAAACCAACAAAGAGGAGAAUGAGGAAAAAUCGCAAACGGAUCAGCAAGGCAGCUAUGAGAGCGAUGCUAAUGUAGAGCUAAAGUAAAGCCGGGCACACAACGUGAACUUGGUGUAUUUUGUGGAUAAUCCAGAGGUGAAGCAGCGACUCCCUUCCAAUAAGUAUUUAUUCACCUGUCAGUAACCUGCUUAUCCUGUGAGAUCUCCUCGGUAACACUACUAAUGACCGUCUGGUGAACCUGUAACUACACAUGGACGGAGAAGAAGGAAUGAUGGGAUAUUAAGAACCGGUGGACCUUUUCAAGAAAACAUUGUCUUUAUGACAGUCGCUGGUGGGAAGUAACAAGUGGCACCCGAAGACUGAUGAACCGGGUGUGAGAAGUACCUGUGGCAGACUGAAACUGCAUAGCUGUAGAACUGUGGAAAAAUAGUGCAAUUUCAAAGCUCUCCUUGGAACCUUGUUUUGAUAUCGAAAGAGAGAAACUGCACUUGACGUCUUUCCGGGAUUUUUUAAUUUUUUGCUGAAUGACUUUAUGCUAACCACAGUCAGAGACUCAUCACGACUACUAAGUGCAUUUGGUGGAACAACAGACAUAACCCUCAUGUCACUGAAGAAUUUGUUGUUUUAUUGUAAUUGGAUAAUCUGAGACAAUCAUCGACAGACUGCAAAAAUGUUGACUGAAAUGAGCAGUAUUUCCACUUGUAAUCAUUCUAACAUGUUUCUGGUUCAGUGUUGACUAUGAUAGGAUGAUAACAUGUAGAUUUACCGAACUGAGGCCUGAUAUCAUUUAUUAGUUCAUUAAACCACAUGGUCUCACUUUAACCAUAUUUAAUUGUAUUUAACUCAUUGCAGACACUGGAAUUACAAACCAUGUUAUUCGACAACAAAAACAUCAAAUGUUUUUUCUGUUUCAAAAUUCAGGUGUGCAGAAAAAAAAAGGUGCUCUCUAAAUACUCAGUAGCAUUUCACCUGUGACCUGACUGUGUGGUAUGUCUUUAUUUAUUUAUCCUUAUCAUUACUGUGGAUUAACUUUCUACACAAAUACUGCAAAUAGGAUUCAGAUUUGGAGAAAUGCUUCAACCUGGCAUGACGGCUGGAUGGUUCAGAAAGGAAAUCGACCGGCAAAGUUUAAGAAAACUCCUGUGACCGCUCAGUAUAAUGCAGUGUUUGGCUUCUGUGUCAAAGUGUGUGUAUGUGUAUUUUUGUAUUUUUGUAUGCCGGAGUGUGGUGUAGUGUACAUGGAUUGUGCCGAUGCCAACACUUUCUGUCAAGAUCCAUACUUUAUCUGUUUCUCUCUUUGCUUAGAGAGAUGUCUCUCCUCUGGUGAUUACGCUUUGGAAAAACAAUCACAUUCCUCUCAAACUCUGGGAAAGCAAUACCUUUGUUCAGUGUAUUUUUCUCCUCUACUGUCCCCACUGUAUUUGUGUUAUCACUCUGCCAGAUAUUGUUUCUGACAUUUCAUUUAACAGAAAACUAAAAAAAAGAAACAAAAACAACAGCUUGUCAUCCACCAACAUUGUCUUAUCCCUUACAAUUAAUUCAGUUAGUUUGAACAUAUAGAAAUACAAUACACUGGUGAUGCUGUGUCAAUAAUGCAUAAUUAGCAGUCGACAUCUUAAGUUAUUGAAAAACGUGUACAUUCUUCAUGCUAACGUAGAACUGUUAACUGAUUUGUCUGUUUUAUUAUAAUGAAAAAGAAAUGUUUGUGAUAACAUUGCCACCUAAUGCUAUUUUCAUAUGGUAUAAGAAGCUAAUGUGCUUAAAUGGA